UCAAGCUCCUCCUGGAUGCUGCUGAAGGAGGGGCAGCGGGGAACCAGGCUUCUUCCCUCUGACAUUCAGAACUGACCCGGGAAGUCACGGGUCCCUGCAAUAUUCCAAAGACUGAGGGCCCAAAGGGGUGCCACAUCUCACUGGGACAGCUUCCAGUCUUUCCCUACAGAUGCGGUGGACGCCGAAGCUGCAGCUGCUGCAGCUCCUGCUACAAGUGCUGAUGGUGCAGAGCCAGAGCCUGGAGGGGCUUUCCCAGGACCCGAUCCCCCUCUUCCGGCUCACUCAGCAAGGAGUCUGGGACGGCCUCGACCGCCGCCCCACGGACUCUCCCUGUGAGGGGGUCCCUGCCGCGGGAGCCACCGCCCUGAACCUGGCGAAUCGCAGCCUGGAGCGCCUGCCCAGCUGCCUGCCGCUCACGCUGCGCAGCCUCGACGGCAGCCAUAACCUGCUGCGCGCCCUUAGCGAGCCUGUGCUCGGCCGCCUGCCUGAGCUGCGUGUGCUCACACUGCACCACAACCGCAUCUCCGUGCUGCACUGGGAUCGCAGCACCCCGGCCGGGCUAAGUGAGCUCGACCUCAGCCACAACCUGCUGGCCGAGCUGCCGUCCUGUGCGGGGCCCUCGGGGAGCAGCCUGCGCUCGCUGGCGCUGGCGGGGAACCCACUGCGUGCGCUGCGGCCACGGACCUUCGCAUGCUUCCCAGCGCUGCAGCUUCUCAACCUCUCCUGCAGCGAGCUGGGCCACAUCGCCCAGGAGGCAUUCGCGGGAGCGGACGGUGGGCCCCUGGCGGCGCUGGAGCUCUUGGAUCUGAGCAGCACGAGCCUAGAAAGAGUUGAGUCUGUGUGGAUCAGAAACCUGCCAAAGCUCAAGGCCCUCUACCUAAGAAAGAUGCCCAGGCUGAAGACACUGGAGGGAGACAUUUUCAAGAUGACUCCCAACCUGCAGCAGCUGGAUUGUCAAGAGUCCCCAGCCCUUACUUCUGUCCACACAGAGAUCUUUCAAGACACCCCCAAUCUACAAGUCCUUCGGCUCCAGAACUGCAACUUGAGUUCCUUGGUUCCUUGGACUGUGAGUUCCUCCCAGGUCUUGUCCAUCAGCCUCUUUGGCAACCCUCUCAUUUGCAGCUGCGAGCUGGCUUGGCUUCUCGUGGAUGUCAACAAAACUGUCUUACACAGGGCAGCUGAUACCAUGUGUGAGCCUGCUUUAGGAUCCACGGGCCCCUUCUCAGGCCCUCUCGCCCUCUCCCACCUGUCUAAUGUGUGCAGGUCAAACCAAAGCACCACCCUCCUGGCUUCAAACUCAUCCCACUUCGAUCAUUCUUUUUCUGCAACACGGACACAGGGGCCUUCCAUUGGACAGAGCACGGCCCUGUCUGCUCAGCCCGGAGGAAGCCAACAAAAUAUCACCAAAGUUCCCUCCCUCCGCAUGGCUCCACCCACACAAAGAUCACGGAUGUACCGAGAUACUUCAGAGGAAACUGCCCAGUCCACUACUAACUCUGAGACAGUUUAUAGUUCUUCCAGGGCUCUGCCUGAUACUGCCAGUUCAGGGGCAGAGCCGACUGCCACCCAUAUCCUUGAGCCCAGUAUCUCAUCUGCCUCUAGCCCACUGGUCAGCAAACACCUUGAACCUUUGCCUACUUCACCGAACCCCAGGAGCAUAUCUCAGACCAAGCAGAGGACGCAACCCACCCCCAAGGCUCUCCGCACAGAUCCUCCACAGAAUGAGAUUCCAGUUUUGCUGUUAGAUGAUGACAGUGAGGAGGAGGAGACUCGGGACCAGGUGGCAGCACCUCGCCAAGAUGUCUCUUGUGAUUACCACCCCUGCAAGCAUCUACAGACCCCAUGCGCAGAGCUGCAGAGGCGCCUCCGAUGCCGCUGCCCUGGUCUCAGUGGGGAGGAUACCAUUCCAGACCCUCCCACGCUGCAGGGGGUGUCGGAGACGACUGACACAUCAGUGCUCAUCCACUGGUGUGCCCCCAACUCAGUGGUGCUCUGGUAUCAGAUCCACUACUUGGCCGAAGAAGGAUCUGGGAACCAAUCAGUAGUGGACAUCUAUGCUACUGCCCGACAGCAUCCUCUGUACAAGCUGUCACCAGGCACCACCUACCACGUGUGUGUACUGGCAGCCAACAGGGCUGGCCUGAGCCAGCCACAGACCUCAGGCUGGAGGAAGUCAUGUGCCACCUUCACAACCAAGCCCAGCUCCACGGUCAUCUUCUGGGGACUGUGUACCACCAGUGGCCUGUUACUUGUCAGCACCCUGGUGCUGUCUGUGUGUCUCUGGAGGCAGCGCUGGAAGCCACACGGGCAGUUCUAUGACACACACCUGGUGGCCUUCAAAAACCCAGCCAGGGCGGAGGAAGUAACUCAGUGGUAGCGACUUCCUAAGCUUGUCCAAGGCCUUAUCCCCAACAUCCAGAUCAGACACACGUGAGGCCUUGAGUUUCCUUCCAGCAACCAGAUUAAACAAGCCAGCCUUGACCACCUGCUGAGGCUCCAGAACUUUAAUUAUCCCAGCGUUUCCCAUUCAAAACAUAUCUGCAUGCAGAAACAGUCUGAUGCCUAAAGACAACAUGAGCUCCAAAUAUCCUGAAGCCACCACAUCUCAGGCUCACACAGAAUGACACUGCGUCCUCCUCUGUUGAAGGAGUGAGUGUCACCCUUCCUCUUAUAGUUGUUCUCACCAACCUCAAGUCAGUCUUACUGGCUCCUGUCACUCUGUGACAUCCUUCAGGUUGGUCAGCACUCGGUAUAUCCCUGAGUACCAAGUGGGAUACUGCACGAGAGGAAGGAGAUGGGAUAACAAAGAAAGCAGUUGUAAUAAGGAACACCACUUCUUUUGGAAAUGCCAUCUUUCUUAAGUUUCUUGCACGAACGUUCCCUUGUGGCUCCUGAUUUUAGCACAAAUGAGUUCUGUUAGCUCUGAGCUAAUGGCCAAGGGAAGAGCUAUUGUUGGUUUUCUAAGACCUUCUAGAUUCCAAGGUGUGUCAAAACAUGUAUUUCCAGCUUUACAGUUAAAAUUGGCCUUCUGGUAACAUUUGUGAGACACAGGGAAAGGCUAUUUGCUUCCAGGGCUUUCUGUAUCUCACUCAGUAGACAAAAAUAUGACCUUCAUUGCUUAGACAGGCCUUAUUGUGCAGCCCAUGCUGGCUUCAACUUAGAUCCUUCUGCCUCUGUCUUUCCAAAUGGUGGGAUUAUAAGCAUUUGGAGAGGGCGCAGAAUUGAAUUCACAACAGUGCUUAUUUCUAUGGUAAGGAAAAGUUGUUU